AUGGAUGCCAACGAGGACUUCGCAUCCUCCGACCCUGGCGCAAGCGGUAUCCUCCGCUCCCGCAACACCACAGCCGCCUACACAGCGUGUGGAAGACUGCUUCGUUCACGUCCAGCCCACACCCCCUCGGCCAUAGCGAAGAGAGUCAGGAAUGCCCGAACCACCACCUCUGGCCGUGGCCGUGCACCCCCGAGAAGACUCCUCACUCCCACACCAGAGGAACUCUCACCGGCAAUACAACAAGGCUCAAGACAGCCCUCUGCCACUGAAAACACCGUUCCUUCGCCACCAUCGGAGACCAUCUCUUCGGUUUCCCUCAGUGCCCCUGCCGUUCAGAAAGAACCCCCAGUUGUGAGAUUCUAUUUUGUCUCGCCUAUUGCCACGGGUCAACUCGCCGCCUCGACUCUGCCCGCCACUCCACAAUUUCCGCCCACGGCUCCCGCCGACUGUGACGAAAACGAGGCGCGCAGUGACGAAAGCCAUGAGACCAGCCCCGUUUGCUCAACAAGUAGUGCAAGCUCUUCUUCUGGCUCUUCCUUUUAUGAGCAAACGACCCCCCAAACGACCCCUCAACCGUCACCCUCAGCUGUCAGCACCGAGUCCUCAUCUCAGACGGACAGUGACGAAACAACUUCGUCCAGCCACAGCGACGAAACCGCAUCACCGCAAGCCCCCGCAACCCGCACCGGGUUCACCCCCACCCCUGCAGUCGGCUCGCCCGACAACAGCCGCAGCGCACCGCCCAACGCUGCUUUUGCAAUUGCAUCAGCCGCCGAGACUGACGUCACCGCCCCGACGCACCAGCAAGCGGCCGUAUCGCCCCCCGCCACUGGCCUUGCGCGUGAACCACUCUCCACGCGAGAGAGUGUUUCCCCUACUCGCCACCCAUGCCAAACUCUCGCCACGUCGUCUGCCAACGGCUGCGCCGCCCCACCUGCUAACACACAAGAGAACACCGCUUCUCCCCCGGCGGCGCAUGACUCACAGUGUACACCCUCCGUGCCCUCCACCCCUCGUCGUUCCUUCUCUCCAACGCCGAGCCGUCUGCCAUGUCUGCCACAGUCUGCCACCGACCGCACCGCCCCCCCUGUGAACGGCGAGGAGACCCAUGACCUCGCGCGUGCCGCCCCUCUAGUCCGGCCGUGCCCGUGCGCGUGA